UUCCUAACCACUGCAUAUAAAUCAUCGUAUUUCCUCCCUUCCCUUUUUACCUCUCUUCUUCAAUAAUCUUCCAACCCUCUUUUCUACACUCACAUCAGUUGCUAACUAUCUAUUUUAGGAAAUCAAAUUAAGCUGAUACAAGGCAAAUAUUCCCUUCUCUCUCUAGCUAUAAGCUCCAUUUGUGACACAAAAGAUGAAUAUAUCAGUGAAUGGUCAAUCACAAGUGCCUCCGGGUUUUCGUUUCCAUCCAACAGAGGAAGAACUUCUUCACUAUUACUUGAGGAAGAAAAUUGCUAGCGACAAGAUAGACCUUGACGUAAUCGGCGAAGUUGAUCUCAACAAGCUCGAACCAUGGGACAUUCAAGAGAAGUGCAAAAUAGGAUCGACGCCACAAAAUGAUUGGUACUUCUUCAGUCACAAGGACAAGAAAUAUCCGACUGGGACUCGCACAAAUCGUGCCACUGCUGCGGGGUUUUGGAAGGCUACAGGUCGGGACAAAGUAAUAUAUGGCAAUUGUAAGAGAAUAGGAAUGCGAAAAACCUUAGUCUUCUAUAAAGGACGUGCCCCUCAUGGUCUGAAAUUAGAUUGGAUCAUGCAUGAGUAUCGUCUCGACGACAACAAUACUCCCCAAGAUGCCGUCAACUUUUGUGCCUCCGAAUCAGCUGCUCAGGAAGAGGGAUGGGUAGUCUGCCGUGUUUUCAAGAAGAAGAAUUACCAUAAGGCUCUUGAAAAUCCUCAAAGCUCCUCUGUUGUCUCUAGAACUCUUAUUCAGAACUCAAACACCGAUGGCGUACUUGAUCAAAUACUCGUGUACAUGGGAAGGUCAUGCAAUAAAGAACAUGAUCAAACCAAACACAUGACCAAUAUCCAGCAGUUCAACAACAAUGAAAACAUUCAAUUUGAUACUAAUAUGCAAAUCAGCAGCACUGGAAUUAGUGAAGGGCGCAAUUUCUUACACCUUCGCGAGCUGGAGAAUCAUCGUGAAGUUCAUCAAGAUUGCAGUUUCGAUGAGAUCAUGUCAUCAACAGGAACCGAUCAACAUUAUUCUUGCAUGAGUAAUUACCACGAGGAGCGCGAUAUAAAAGCCGACUGGGUAGCCCUAGAUCGCCUAGUGGCUUCUCAACUUAAUGGCCAUCUCCAAACAUCAAGCAACAACUUGUACUUUCCUCUAUCUCAUGAGGCAAAGCUAACACAGAAUGAUGUUGAUGACGAUGUUGAAUUUUUUACCUACGCGCAAUCAUCACCAUUAAGCCACUUGUUGGUAUAAAUCAAAUUAUAUACUACACCAAACUUAGAUAAACUAAUAUAUAUUACUACUAUAUCCAGUUAGAACUUAGAAGUAUGCACGUGCAUAGUUCAAGGAGUCCAGAUAAUAGCACCUAUUUUGAGUGAGAUAACGAUACUACUUUUUCCUUUUGUUCAGAUUGAUUAUGAGCCGUUCA